AUGGCACACGCGGCUCGCAUCGCGCGGCAGGUCGUGCAGGGCGCGACGAGCGCGCGCGUGCGAUUCUCCACGGAGGCGGCGAAAGCCUCGCGCGAGACGCUGGUGAGACGAGGGGCGGGUGAGGCGAGCAGCGGCCCCCCCUGGCCGCGCGGUCGACCGUGGGUGCGCGAGAAGCGAGGCGCGCUUGCCGCUCCACACUUGUCCACCUCAGCGGCCCUGGUGGAGGACGACGCGGCGCUGCGCAAGUACAACCCGCAGAAGGCCGCCCUGGCCGCCUGCAACACCGUUGGUAACGCCGUCACCGCGCUCGUGCUCGCAGUGCCGUGCGUGCCGCCUUCCAUGCUGUGCUGCCACGUGCCCUCUCCCACUCCCUCACACUCGUAUGCCCCUCCCUCCCUCCCUCCCUCCCUGCCUCCCUCCCUCCCUCCCUCCCUCCCUCCCUCCCUCCCUCCCUCCCUCCCUCCCUCCCUCCCCGCCUCCCUCCCUCCCUCCCUCCCUCCCUCCCUCCCUCCCUGCCUCCCUCCCUGCCUCCCUCCCUCCCUCCCUCCCUCCCUCCCUGCCUCCCUCCCUCCCUCCCUCCCUCCCUCCCCCCCUCCCCCCCUCCCCCCCUCCCCCCCUCCCCCCCUCCCCCCCUCCCCCCCUCCCCCCCCUCCCCCCCUCCCCCCCUCCCCCCCUCCCCCCCUCCCUCCCUCCCUCCCUCCCUCCCUCCCUCCCUCCCUGCCUCCCUGCCUCCCUCCCUCCCUCCCUCCCUCCCUCCCUCCUCCCUCCCUCCCUCCCUCCCUCCCUCCCUCCCUCCCUCCCUCCCUCCCUCCCUGCCUCCCUCCCUCCCUCCCUCCCUCCCUCCCUCCCUCCCUCCCUCCCUCCCUCCCUCCCUCCCUCCCUGCCUCCCUCCCUCCCUCCCUCCCUCCCUCCCUCCCUCCCUCCCUCCCUCCCUCCCUCCCUCCCUCCUCCCUCCCUCCCUCCCUCCCUGCCUCCCUCCCCCCCUCCCCCCCUCCCUCCUCCCUCCCUCCCUCCCUCCCUCCCUCCCUCCCUCCUCCCUCCCUCCCUCCCUCCCUCCCCCCUCCCUCCCCCCCUCCCCCCCUCCCUCCCUCCCUCCCUCCCUCCCUCCCUCCCUCCCUCCCUCCCUCCCUCCCUCCCUCCCUCCCUCCCUCCCUGCCUCCCUCCCUGCCUCCCUCCCUCCCUCCCUCCCUCCCUCCCUCCCUCCCUCCCUCCCUCCCUCCCUCCCUCCCUCCCUCCCUCCCUCCCUCCCUCCCUCCCUCCCUCCCUCCCUCCCUGCCUGCCUGCCUCCCUCCCUCCCUCCCUCCCUCCCUCCCUCCCUCCCUCCCUCCCUCCCUCCCUCCCUCCCUCCCUCCCUCCCUCCCUCCCUCCCUCCCUCCCUCCCUCCCUCCCUCCCUCCCUCCCUCCCUGCCUCCCUCCCUCCCUCCCUCCCUCCCUCCCUCCCUGCCUCCCUCCCUCCCUCCCUCCCUCCCUCCCUCCUCCCUCCCUCCCUCCCUCCCUCCCUCCCUCCCUCCCUCCCUCCCUCCCUCCCUCCCUCCCUGCCCUCCCUCCCUCCCUCCCUCCCUCCCUCCCUCCCUCCCUCCCUCCCUCCUGCCUCCCUCCCUCCUCCUCCCUCCCUCCCUCCCUCCCUCCCUCCCUCCCUCCCUCCCUCCCUCCCUCCCUCCCUCCCUCCCUCCCUCCCUCCCUGCCUCCCUCCCUCCCUCCCUCCCUCCCUCCCUCCCUCCCUCCCUCCCUCCCUCCCUCCCUCCCUCCCUCCCUCCCUCCCUCCCUCCCUCCCUCCCUCCCUGCCUCCCUCCCUCCCUGCCUCCCUGCCUGCCUCCCUGCCUCCCUCCCUGCCUGCCUCCCUGCCUCCCCUGCAUGCAUGGCAGCGGCGGCCGUGGACCUGUCGUACCGCGUCGUGAACGCGCGCUCUCCCCAGUGAGCCCGCCUGCGCUGCGCCACCUGAGGCUGUGCCGUGCCACACGGCAGGUGCAGCAUGGUGGUGAUGCCCCCUGCAUGGGCUGGCCGUCCUCCACUCACUACCUCUCGUCAUGUGCCUCCCUGCACUGCCACCUCAUGUCCCACUGCCUUCCCCGCUUCCCUAACCAUUCAUCCACUCCACCCCGCCUGCUACCCAUCCGCCCCUGGCUUCUCCCUCUCGCACGCUUCCCACCCACCAUGUCACCUCGAAGCCAGCUGAGCUGGGCAUGCGUCCACCACCCGCAUCGCCAUGCUUGCGUCCAUCACCCGCAUCGCCAUGUUGCGUCCAUCACCCGCAUCGCCAUGUUGCGUCCAUCACCCGCAUCGCCAUGCUUGCGUCCAUCACUAUCAUGCUCUCAACGCCACUGGCCACUGUGA